AUGGAUCGCCAUGACCACGACGAUGAGGUCCAGUACGUGCGUGGUGUCAACUGGGCGCCAAAUUUUACCGACGAAGAUGAAGACCCCAUGGCCGAGAGCGAGGUGCAGUACGUGCGUGGUGUCAACUGGGCACCAAAUUCUACCGACGAAGAUGAAGACCCCAUGGCCGAGAGCGAGAUGUUGUUCGUGAUGGAUACUUAUGCAGGUGAGACUGAGGUGCCGGACUCCCAGAUGGACAUCGCCGAAGUCGACGACCCUGACGCCGAGGUGGACAUUGUCGAAGUCGACGAACUUGACACCGUGCAUGCCCUACAAUCGUUUGCUUCCAAGUUUCAGUCAGACAAGGUCAAACAUGAAGGCUGCGGUUUGAUGCUCCCUGUGUUGUUUCCUCGUUUGUAUGGAGACCAUGACGAGGACGUCAAUGGUGCUGCGGUAUCCCUGCUUUGGAUUUGUCGUGGAUACUCCAAUGUUAGUAAUGGAUUGCCAAGGAUUCCAGAUGAAGGUCUGGAUGCUGAGGCGAUUAAAGAAGCUAAGAUGUCCAUGAAGAAGAAGACUGAAGAAGUUAAGAUGUCCAUGUUUAAGAUUAUUUUUCCGUUCAUAAACAAGGGAUGCAUUACUGUUAGCAGUACUUACGAUGAAUGCAUCAAGGACUGCGAUAAGGCUGUGGAGAGGGGGAGAGAGCUCCGUGCUGAUUUCAAGAUGAUUUCAAGGGCACUGACAAGAAAAGGAACAGCUCUGGUCAAACUUGCUAAGACCUCUAAGGAUUUUGAUAUUGCCAUCGAGACCUUCCAGAAGGCUCUAACUGAGCAUCGUAACCCAGACACUCUUAAAAAGUUAAAUGAGGCUGAGAGAGCAAAGAAAGAGUUGGAGCAACAAGAGUACUAUGAUCCAAAAUUAGCAGAUGAGGAGAGAGAGAAAGGUAACGAGUUCUUCAAGGAGCAAAAAUACCCAGAAGCAAUAAAACACUACACAGAGUCUCUCAGGAGAAACCCGAAGGAUCCUAGGGUUUACAGCAAUAGGGCUGCCUCCUACACCAAGUUAGGAGCCAUGCCUGAAGGUCUUAAAGACGCGGAGAAGUGUCUUGAACUAGACCCCACCUUCACCAAAGGGUAUACAAGGAAAGGUGCAAUUCAAUUCUUCAUGAAAGAAUAUGACAAGGCCAUGGAAACCUACCAGGCUGGCUUGAAGCAUGACCCAAAUAACCAGGAACUGCUUGAUGGUGUUAGGAGGUGUAUUGAGCAGAUCAACAAGGCCAACAGAGGUGAAAUAAGUCAGGACGAAUUGCAAGAAAGACAGAACAAAGCUAUGCAAGAUCCAGAGAUCCAGAACAUUCUUACCGACCCUAUCAUGCGACAGGUGCUAACUGAUUUCCAGGAGAACCCAAGGGCAGCCCAGGAGCACCUGAAGAACCCCGGAGUUAUGCAGAAGAUUCAGAAGCUUUCCGUUAACAAGCAGCAAGGGCAGAAGAAUGAACAUGUUGGGGGGCUAAUCUUUUUUCCAAUUGAAUUGUAA